CAGUCUAUAAUGAUCCGUGAUACGUAGAAGUUCGUAGGUGUUGAGUGUGGUUAAGAAAACGCUUGUUUUAUUUGUGUCAGUGAUAUAUAGUUAAUUUCUAUCAAGAAUUUUAUAAUUUUAAUGUACAUUUAAAAGUCGUUGCUACAAAUAAAAUAAAAACAAAAUGGGUGGUGGAGAUCUGAAUUUGAAGAAAUCAUGGCAUCCAUCUACUAUGAAAAAUAUGGAAAAAGUAUGGAAAGCCGAACAAGAAAAGAAUCAAGAGAAAAAAAGAAUAGCAGAAUUAAAAAGAGAAAUAGCAAUGGAAAGAGAUCGAGAAGACAUGACAAAAUAUGCUAUGGAACAAGGUGUUAUAGAAAAAAAAGAUGAUAAGAAAUUAGAUUGGAUGUACAAAGGACCAAAUGAAAUGGUAAAUAGAGAAGAAUAUUUACUUGGUCGUCCAAUCGAUAAAUCUUUCGAACAAGUAGCACAAGCACAGAAAGAUGCAGAUUUAAAUCGUGCACCAAAAAAUCACGUGGAAUAUGAAUGUAUUCCGCCUUCUUUACGUUUUUUUUCUGGAAAUGAGCAAGUUGAUUUAGCAAGGAAGAUGCAAGAAGAUCCAUUAUAUGCUAUAAAAAAGAAAGAAAUGGAAACAAGAAGUCUGUUGUUAAAAAAUCCAGUCAAGCUAAAAAAAAUUAAAGAGUUGCUAGAGCAACAAACAAAGAAAAAGGAAACAAAGAAAAAAAGCAAAAAGAAAAAAUCAAUAAAUAGCACAGAUAAUAGCGAUGAUGAAACUGAAUUAGAUAAUUUAUUAGCUGCAAAAUAUAAACAAUUGAAAGAUAAGAUUAGCGAAAAACAUUUGAUGAAAUCUAUGAAAAAAAUUAAGCAUAAAAAAAGGAAAAAGUCUAAGAAAGUUAGUAGUAAUUCUGAGAGUGACAGUAACAGUGAAAGUGAUAGCGAUAGUGAAAGCAAUAAUAGUGACAGUGAUAGUAGCAGUAACAAUAGUAGUACUAAUGAAUUAGUUAAACGCAAAAAAAGAAAACGAAGUCACAAAAAGAGAAGCAGUAGUAAUGAUAGUGGAACAAUGCAUAGGAAAAAGAACAAAAAGAAAGAUAAUGAAAAAAAAGAAAAGCAUAAAAAGUCAAGUACACACAAAAGUGAUGAAGAAGAUAACAAAAAAUUACUUAAUAGAAGUAGCAACACAUAUACAAAAUCGGAUAGAACAUCCAAAAAAGAAAGAGAAUAUCAGUAUAGGAGAAAUACAAUGCAUAGAGAAGACAAUAGUUAUAAAGAUAAUGAAAACAAUAAGAAGAGAUAUAAAGAAAGGCCUUCAAUAGAAAAAUAUUUUGAUGAUAGCCAUAAAAGAAAAUCACAUCACUCUUCUUUUAAUUUACCUCAAAAAAAGAUUAAUGAAGAUAGGAGAACUGAACAGAAAUGGAUUCCAAAAAAGAAACUUACAGAAGAGGAAAAAGAAAAACGUAGACAGGAAAUGAUGGCAAAUGCAACGUGGCGAAAUAAAGAACGAGAACGAAAUAUAAAACAAUAUCAUGAAGAAGAAAAGAAAGAAUUAUCAAACGAAAAAAUAUAUAACAGAGAUUUUAUUAGGAAACAAUUAGUUGCUGCAGCUGAAGUGGGUACAGUUGCAUCAAGAAUUAAAUCUAAUAUAAACAAUAUACAACGUUCUUGUCGAGCAAUGGAUACAAAUUUUGCAAAGCGAUGAGUCAUUAGUUAAACACACUUGUACAGUUGAAAUAUAGGAGUUGAAGAAUGAUACGGUAAAUUCUCAGAUCUUUUUUAUACAUUUUGUAUAGAAAAUAAGAUAUAUGCAAUGGAUUUUUACUGAGAUAACUAUAUAUAAAUAAGAGUACACAAUCUCUUGUACCAUAUACAAAUAUAUAUACAUUUCUCAAUUCAAAUUUAUUUCAUCAUAAAUAUUGUACUUUGAAUCUAUUAGAAUAUAUCUUAUUAGAACGUAGAUUAGAAAGUAUAUUUAUGUAAUUUUGCACAUUUCGUUAGAUUGAAAUUCUUUCGCAUCCAUAAUAGUAGUUACACGACCGAUCGUAAGAACAUUAUUUACGACCGCUCUAGCCAGGUAACCAGUAGUUACCGAAUAAUGUGCAGAAAAGAAUGGCGUGAAGUCGUCUGUUUUUUCUAAAUUUUGAUCCUAUAUUAAUCAAACAUAUUAUAUAUUCUUAUAUGAUAAAAUAUAUAUUCAUCGCACGAUGAAUAUAACGUAUAGUGAGAGAUUUUUAAUAAAACAAAAAUUUGUACAUACCUUGGCAUACAUAGCAAAGCUAUCCUCAACAAGUUUAUUUAGAUUUAAUUGUUUUUGGAAACUAAGCUCUGGAUUUCUUAACAAAAUUGUUGAUACUAUAUUAAGCAACUGUAACAAAUUAGAUUUAAAAUAAUAUUAAUUUUUAGAGUUGGUUGAAAGUUUUUACAUGGUAGUUUAUUUUUUUGCUUCUGGACAAAAAAAAAAAAUAAAUAAAUCAAACUGCAAAUCUAUGAUCAAUUAAAUAUUACCUCUACUAUAAUUUGGCGAUAUUCUGGUAAUUGCAUGUGAUGAAGAAGAGAUUCUACGAGCAAAGCAAAAGUUAACUCUGAUCGUGUCAUAUUCGAAAGUGUUGGCUGCUGAGGCAAUUCGCGUCCAUUAACACAUAUACCUCCAGGACAACGCAUUAAAACUUCCCAUACUUGAUUAUAAAAGUGUGUAGGAACUCUACAUAAACUUCCUUCGAUUUUCCUUCGUCCGAGUACAGUAAGUCUAUCACAAAAAAAAAAAAGAAGAAAAUUACAAUCGAGAAAUUCCAUAAAAAUUUUGUAAGAAAAUCACAUUGGUAUACUUUUCUGAACUGGCCCAAUUUUUAACAGUCAAUACUUUAAUCAGGAACUGUCUAAUUUGAUAGGGACUGUAGUUUUCAAUUGGCUCAGGAUUUUUUACAAACAUUUCUAAAUAAAGCUUCAUUGCUUCCAAAACCCACCUAAUCAUAUAUAAAUGACAUACGUAUUUAUAUUACACUACACACAAUAAUAAUAGUAGAAAUUAUACAAACUAAACAGUAUAAAUACCCAAUACGAAUUUUCAAUAUUCCUUUAAACAUUUCUGGAUUUGUCCCAAUAAGUCUACCACAAUACAAUAAUACCUCUUGUUGAAGUACAGCUUGUAUUACAUUGUGGGGUUGUAUUGUAGAAUACAUAACAGAUUGAAUUUCUGCAGGUGUCAUAGGUUUAUCAAAUACAGUUUCUUCAUAGCCAAUAACUCCAACAGUUAUCUAGAUAAUAAAAACACAUUUGUGUGUGAAAAAUUAAUAAUAUUAAAUGAUUAAUAAUUCGAGAACAGAUAUUACUUGUUUUCCUUUGACAAGUACACCAGUAAUAAAGGGACUUAUACUAUCAACAGUGUGAUUUAAUAAACUGCUACAGUAACGAACAGCCAUCCAAUAUCUGAGACAUCCUGCUUGUUGAUACAGUGUUCUUAAAUGAUCACCAACUAUAAAAUUUGUAAUUAUCUUUUUUUAAUUAUAUUAUAUUAUAUACUCAGUUUCUAUAUAAAAUCUAUAUAGAUUUGCAUCAUUUGCUAAAGAUAUAAAUGCAAAUAUAUACCUGUUGUUCCAUUAAUCUCAUAAUUGAUACCCUCUCUCUUUAAUAAAACACCAUAGAGCUGACACUUUACAUAUAAUCCAUCACAAUUACGAAUUUCAUUUAAUAUAUUGUGCAAAGGCUCGUGCAUAAAAUACUGAAAACGUAAUAAGUGCAAUAAAUAAUAAUUAGAUCAAUAUCGUUUGUAUAUACAUACGGAAUAAUCUUUUAUAUCUUCAGAAUAAGUCAAAGCUCUUGGAACAUCUGUGAGACUUUGGUAACCAAUAUAGUCGUGUUGCAACUGUUUGAAUUGAGUAAGUUCAAGAUCAGUUUCCAUAGAAUUUACAAAAUCCAAAUGUUCUAUAAAUAAAAAAAAAAAAAAAAAGAUUAAUGUUUCUGGUAUGUCAAUUGUAUGCAAUAUAUAAAAUAGAUUUCACACAUUACCAAUACAAGAGGAUGAAAUUAAAUUUUGUAAUCGUCCAAUGCGUACUUUUGUUUUGUCACAAUAUCCUUUCUUUAACAUUGCAAAUAAAUCCAACAUUUCUUUAAAUUGUGGAUCUCUAAAUUAAAAAAAAAAAAAGGAUUAUAAUUAUUUGUGUGUAUGUAUAUAUACAUAUAAACUGUAUUAUAUUGUUAUGUAAAAAUUAUUAGUGUUGAUAGUUACCUCAUAUGUUCUUCUCUUAUUAGAAGACAUACAGUCGGACGACCAGAAAGUCGCCAAUAUUUACCGACGAAUUGAAGUUCUGUUUUAAUAUCAUCAAUUAACAAAGCCAUAUCUCUGUAUAGAUAAAAUUGAGAUACUUCAAAUAUGAGUGGAUAACAAAGUACCGUCAUACCGCACACCCUAUACACCUGUAUAUGUACCAUUUAGACAUAGAAAUAUUUUACUUUAAUGUAUAUCAUACAUACUUUGCUUGUACCCAAAGAACCAAUAGGUCUAACUGGACGUCCUUGAAGAUGUAAUUUCUUAUUUACUCCAAGCUUUUGAUAAACUUUUAUUAAUUGAGUUGAAGAUAAAAUUUGUACUGGUUCUACUUCGUGCGGAGUUUGCGUUUGAAUACCAUAUGUUGCCAUCAUAGCUUGUAGCCUCAUAGAUUCCGCAAUUAGAACAAUUUGUACUACAAGAUCAGCAUGAGUACCCUAAAGAAAAAAAUAAUAUAUAUCUAUUGGAAAAUAUAUCGUGCAAUAUAUUUAUAUAAUUACAUAUGUAAUAUAAAAGAUAUAUGUAAAUAGCAUUGUAAAGAGCUUAAUACAAAAUAAAGUUUUUCUCAAACA